GUCGACCUUGUCAGCUCUCGGACUCGCCCUGAAGGACGGCUGUAGCCUUGUGAAGCAUCGCCAACAAAGUACGGAUAGUUUUGAGAGACAAGAGAAUUGCCGUCAUCCACAGUUCCAUCGCUUCCCAACUGGCCCGAACCCGGCGCUGUCCGGUAUUGGCCGAUAAGAUGGUCUUACUCACGAUGACCCCUAGCAUCGUUGCGGGACUGCAGGCACUGAGCAAGGCAGCAACCGCGACUCUGGUGCAAAACGAGCCUGAGCCGUCGCUUGGAGCGCCUGCCGUCGGCAACCCCGUCUCUCAUUCACAAAUCGUGAAUUUGUGGAAAGCUCUCAAGGAGGCCGGACAUGGAGAGUACACCCUGGAGACGCUCCUGAAAGGCUCCAAAAUCUACGUUCUACCGCCGCCUCCGAAGCCUGAGCCAUCGAAUGAAUACAAAGAGCUCAUGGCACGACUCCGCCGGGAGCAGGACCAGAGAGAGUACGAACGUAUGACGAACCCGCUGCCGCCAAUGGGAACAUUUUCCCAACGGUACGUGAAUGGCGCAAGCAUGGCUCAGUCGUUCGCUGCCGUGAAUCGACCGAGUAACCAGGCAGACAUGGGUGACGAUGAUGUCACCUACGGGGACGUGCACCGCCAGUUGAUGCUCAUCCUGAAUUUCGUUGCGAGUAUCCUUGGGGUCGCCGCCACGCUUUGGAUCGCGGCGAGGUGGUGGAGCACGCCUGCGCGACUGUUCUUGACCAUGGCCGGGAGCCUCGUCGUUGGCAUCGCCGAGGUCGCCGUCUAUUCUGGUUACAUAUGGCACCUUAGUCAAGCUAAGAAGAAGGACAAAACGAUAAAUGAGGUCAAAGAAGUCGUCCAGACUUGGACCGUUGGUGCCGAAACCAAAGCCACUGUGGUUGGCGGGGAAUCUCGGGACGAAGACGCAACCCUUCGAAGGCGGCACAAGGAUGUAAGGAAGCGGAGAAGUUCCUGCAACACUUCUGAUUAGCUGCAACAUAAUUGAUCUGGGACGAU